AUGUUGAAAGAAGCUAUCUUUGCAUGCAGGGAAUUUGAUCUUUCUUACAACAAUUUCACUGAAAUCCCUACGCCAACUAAUUGUAAAGAAACACUAAAUUUGUUCAAAAGUUCUUGGGGAGGGAACUACUCGAAGCCUGUCGAGUGCCUCAGUGAUUAUUGUUCAAAAGAUCAAUACUCGGUGCACAUAAAUUGUGGUGGAUCAGAAACCACCGUCGGAAAUACCAUGUAUGAAGCAGAUGAUGAGCCAGGAGGUGCAACAAAAUAUGUACCCAAAAGAGAGGUUUGGCAAAUAAGUACCACAGGACAUGUCUGGAAUGUUAAACCUUCCGAAGACGACUACAUAGCACAAAAUAUGUCCAUACUAAGAAUGAACAACUCUCAACUGUACACAAAAGCUCGCCUCACUCCUUUGUCUCUCACAUACCACGUGCGUUGUCUUGUUAAUGGGAAUUACAGUGUGAAGCUUCACUUUGCUGAAAUAGUAAUGAGGGACAACAGAUCCUUCUAUAGUCUUGGAAGACGGAUAUUUGAUGUUUAUAUUCAGGACAGAAUUGUGUUGAAGGAUUUUGAUAUUGAAAAGGCAGCACAAGGGGUAGAUAAGGUAUACAUUCAUAAUUCUACAGCGAAAGUUACAGAUAGAGCUUUAGAGAUCCGCCUUCAUUGGGCUGGGAAAGGGACAACAACGUCACCGAAAAUUGGAAUAUACGGUCCACUAAUAUCGGCCAUUGAUAUAGAACCUGAAUUCAAGCCUCCUACGAAAGGCAAGAGGAAGAAGCCCAUUGUGGCUGGGUCUGUGGCUUCGCUGUUGUUCCUUAUUUUCAUACUUCUAUCCGUGCUUUGGUGGAAAGGUUAUCUGGGACGAAGGAAAUCAAGGGAUCAAGAACUUGUUGGGCUAGAUCUGCUAACUGGUAUCUUUACCUUCAAACAAAUCAAAGCUGCAACAAAUGACUUUGAUCCAGCAAACAAACUUGGAGAAGGUGGUUUUGGCGUUGUCUACAAAGGAGUGCUAUCAGAUGGUACUAUAAUUGCGGUUAAGCAGCUAUCAGCAAAAUCAAAGCAGGGAAAUCGUGAAUUUGUGAACGAAAUAGGCAUGAUUUCUGCUUUGCAACACCCAAAUCUUGUUAGAUUGUAUGGAUGUUGCAUCAAUGGGAAGGAACUACUACUGGUUUAUGAAUACAUGGAAAACAAUAGCCUUGCGCAUGUUUUGUACGGCAAAAAGGAGGGCCAACUAAAUCUAGACUGGCCUACAAGGCAGAGGAUUUGUGUUGAUAUAGCCAAAGGUCUAGCUUUCCUGCAUGAGGAGUCCACACUCAAAAUUGUUCAUAGAGACAUAAAAACUACCAAUGUUCUCCUUGACGGCAACAUGAAUGCCAAAAUAUCUGAUUUUGGCAUGGCAAAGCUUGACGAGGAGGACGACACCCAUAUCUCCACCAGAGUUGCUGGAACAAUGGGAUACAUGGCACCAGAAUAUGCUUUAUAUGGUCGCUUGACCUACAAGGCAGAUGUUUACAGUUUCGGUAUUGUCGCCCUGGAAAUUGUUGCUGGGAUGAGCAACAUGAGCUUCCAACAUAAUGAAAGUUUCGUAUGCCUCCAAGAUUGGGCGCUGAGUUUACUGCAAAAUGGAGACAUAAUGGAGCUUGUUGAUCCAAGAUUAGGGUCUGACUUCAAGAAGAAAGAAGCAGCUAGGAUGAUUAAAAUAGCACUGCUAUGCACAAACCAAUCUCCCGCACUUAGACCUACAAUGUCUGCCGUGGUAAGAAUGCUUGAAGGAAAGGGUGAUGUUCAGGAAUUAGUCGUGGAUCCAAGUACAUUUGGCGAUUCAUUGAGGUUUAAGAGUUUCCAAGGCAACUCUGAUCAAUCUUCAGUCCUGAGUAUCGACGAAACUCAGUCCCUCGUGCGUUCAUCAGAUAGAACAUGGGAUGGUCCUUCAUCUUCAUCAGCCCAGGAUCUGUAUCCUGAUCAUUAAUAAUGAUCCUAACAUGUACGGAUGCCCAUUAAUAGUCUUCUUAGAGUCACAACUGAAAUGAGUUUCACUUUGUAUAGAAUUAAAUAAGUAUCUUCAGCUGUAUAUGACUUGA